AUAAAGACUACAGACCUCACUGCCAUUUUGGAAGUGGAGUCUUGGCCCAGCCAUGGCAGAGACGGAUAGCGAGGAGGAAGAGGUGGAGGAACCAGACUUCAUUCCGCCACCUCCUUCAGUUGUCGCUCGCACUCAGAGGCAGAGCGUCUCUGCUGAGGCCUUUGGGGAAUGGAACCAGCGGGUCAUUUUUGAACCGCCAGUGUACCCGAAGACGCCAGAUCAGACGCAGGGGCUGCUAGAGGUGACAUCUCGUUCCUUUCUUUUUACCUCUUUGGAGGAGAAAGACUUGCGCGUGGUGAUCGCGGCCAUGAAGGGCCCGCUCCUGUUAGAGCCAGGAAUGCGGGUGAUCCAGGAAGGAGAUACUGGAGAUGCUCUUUAUGUUGUGACGGAGGGGCAGAUGGAUUGCAUCAAGGUCAUUGACGGGGCUGAACUCGUAGUGAAGACCUGCACCAAGGGAGAUCUUUUUGGUGAGCUGGCCUUGCUCUACAACUGUCCGCGGGCUGCGAGUGUGCAGUGUCGCGAGGCAUCUGUGCUUUGGGAGUUGGAUCGAGCAACCUUCAAUAAUAUCGUCAUGGAAGGAGUGCAGCGAAAACGAAAUCAGUGUUUGUCUGUACUGUCUUCUGUGCCCCUUUUCCAGGAGAUUUCCCGCACAGAGUUGGAGAACAUCAUCGACGCUCUCAAGAUGGAGAGAAGGCCCCAUGGAGAUGUCAUCAUCAAACAAGGAGAGCUUGGAGAUCACUUUUACAUUGUUUACGAGGGGCAGGUGAUGGCUUCAAAGGUCACGCAAGACUCCACAGAUCCGGUGAUGAUGAUCCACGAGGCGGGGGAUUACUUCGGCGAGCUCGCUCUAAUCCUGGACGCCCCGCGUGCAGCCAGUGUGGUGGCCAGUAGCGAGCCUGAGGUUUGCUUGCUGUCCAUGGACCGCGCUACUUUCAAGCGCAUCACUGGUGAACAUCGUGCAUUGCAUGGCUACCUUGAAGCCAAUACAAACCGUUAUGAAUGAAAUUGAUAGCUGGAAACCCAA